GAAACUGGAAUUCUUCUUCCUUUCUUCGUCUUCCUAAAGAACUUGCACGUCGUCGCCAGCUUGGCAUUGUACAUCUACUUGCAUAUCCCUUUUUCCUUGCUUUGUUUAUCAUUUUUUCAUAACACAUCAACCAAUGUUCAGACAAUACUCCAACUUCAUAUCCCAUAAGAGGAGAAGAAGCAAAAGUACCUCCCGCGUCUUGUCCGUUGCCCAGUCCGAAGCGGCCUCAGAUGCACCAACAGUAAAUGAGCCGAUUGAGGUUUGGGCUCACUCGCAGCCCAUAGACGCUGCUACCCAGCAACAGAAUGACUGUUUCACCACUCUGACUGCACGGAUACACAAAUACGAUCAUGUGGCCCAAAGAGGUAGCGAUCGCUUCUUGGAAGACUUGACGGCCACCCUCGACAGCGAUGAGGCCAAGUCGAAAAGCAGCUAUCUGACGUCUCCGGUGGGAAACUACGCUAGCUUUCUAUAUCCAGAGUGCAUGCCCGAAAGGUUGGAACUGGUCGCAUAUUUGACUGAACUCGGAAACGUCCAUGACGACCAUGCCGAUAGCAAGAACACACCUGUAGCAGACAAGCCGGAGGAGCUGGUUGAAUCGCCCCGAGCCGAAGCCAGGAAGAAGCUUCUGGAGAAAGUGACAGGAGAACUAACUGACAAGGAUGGGCUUGAGAUCAUCGACUGCUACCGGAGCAACUGGCUCGUCACCCCGGAUGUCCCCACUGCCGAUAAUUGUGCCAAUCUUGACGACUACGUGGCUCGUCGGCGUCUUAAUGCAGGAAUUGAUGUUUACUGGACCCUAAUGGGAUUUGCCCACGGAACUCGGCUUGGAAAGGAGGACCAGGCGAUCGUCAGAGAUGCGCUGGACGCAGCUGAGCGAACCAUGUUCUUCACCAAUGACUACUACAGCUGGCCGAAAGAAAAGCGCGAGGUCAAGAAACGUCGCGUUGCGAACGUGAUACUGUUCCUCAUGCAGCACCAGAACAUGUCGGAGGAUGACGCACGUGUGAAGACGAAAGAGCUCAUUCUGGAAAAUGAAAAGGAAUUCAUCAAGAGACGUGAGGCGUUGUAUCAAGCCCAUCCGGACCUCGCCCCAAAGCUGCGAAAAUGGAUGGAGGUCCUGGAAGCUUCCCUUGGUGGAAUCCAUUACUGGUGCACGAAUGCACCUCGGUACGUGGUUCCCGAAACUGCCGAAGAGGAAAGCGAUGAAGAAUCGGACGAGGAGAGCUCAAGCGACGAGGACGAGUCCGAGGAUGAGGAAGAAGAAGAAGAAGAAGGAGAAGGAGAAAACGAGGAGGAGGAGGUGCGUGUGAAUGGCAUUGCUAGCCAUGUAGAGGGUGGUGAUGAGCCCGCAGAAGAACCAGUGUGGACGCCUCUGGUCAACGGAGAAGAACACCCGGCAGUGCACCUUGACGCCACACCCUUACUAGCACCAACAAAUUACAUCGGGUCUAUCUCGGCUAAUGAGGUGCAAUUGGAGCUGGUUUCCGCACUUAAUGCCUGGCUUCAAGUUCCUAACCGACCUCUCACCUUUGUCAAGCAAGUGGUCAAUGACCUCCACGACAGCUCUGAGAUUCUGGCCAACAUUCAGGACCAAUCAUCUCUCCAACGCCAGAAGACCGCGGCUCACCUCGUCUUCGGUCCCGCUCAAUCCAUCAACAGCGCUGCCUACAUGUUCGUCCGUGUCGCCAAGACCGUGAACGGGCUCAACUGCCCCGGUAUGCUUGACGGCCUCCUGGAGGAGCUUGAAACGCAUUUUAUCGGACAGUCUUGGGAGCUGAACUGGCGCUUCUCGCUUCAAUGUCCGACCGAGCAGGAAUACUUGGAGAUGGUCGAUAAGAAGAGCGGAUCUAUCUUCCGGAUGUUGGUGCGCCUCAUGCAGUCCGCCAGCAUGGAAGGCUCGUCGCUGGACUUUGAGCUUCUCACAAAAUUAUUCGGCCGGUGGUACCAGAUCCGCAACGAGUAUCUGGGACUGCUUACGGGCAACAACCAAAGAGGCUUCGGUGAAGAUCUGGACCACGGCAAGAUCUCUUAUGCGGUCGUCAGGUGCUGCAACAUGGACCCUACCGCCAAGAGUAUUAUCCUGGGCAUCUUCAGACAGAAGGCCGAAGGAGCCUCAUUACCUGCCGAAAGCAAGAUCCAGAUUUUGGAGCUCCUCCACAAGAGCGGUGCCCUGCAGGCGACUUAUGACCUGGUCCGACAGUUGGGUCGGGACAUUAUGAAGACAGUGAGCGAGCUAGAAAUAGCCGCAGGAGAGACCAAUCCCGGACUCAAGGCCCUUGUGAAGACACUAGGUGAUAUCCCAGCCCCGACUCAGGAGUGAGAUCCUUUUCGAGAGCACGUGUUUGCUCUAUGGCGCAUGACACUGUUCUAUUUUGAUAUUUUUUCCUUUCCCCUACCUACCUAUUCCCUUUUAUACUUCUGUGAUGAUUAAUGUAUAUGACGCUCAUUUCUGUAACGGUUAUAAGGCGAUGUCCACAUGUGUUAUGAAUAAUGAGAUGAUUUAUUUGCUUCGAAUGUCUGGGGUGUACGCUAGUGUCUGAU